CGUACAUAGUUCCGUUUUACGCCUUGCCGAAGCCGGUAGUCCUUCGCUGUUCGACAGUUUGGCACUUCGGCCUUAAAUCGCCGAUUGUUGAUUAUUGUUGUCGUCGUCGUUUUCCCCGUUGACCGGGUGUGUUCUGUGUGAAAUCGAAUUCGCAAAUAUAAUACAUUCGCGCGAAAACAAUUUUAAAAAAAUCGCCGCUCAAAAACUUUAUCGUUUUUCUCACGAAACGAAUCGGUGUUAUUUUAAAAUCGCAAAUAUAAAUUAAUUACUCUUUUAAUAUAUAACAUUUAUUAUUUACAUAGUUUUUUUUUCUCUAAUAUUUUUCUGAUCGAUCAAAAUGUGUUGUUACAAUUUCGCGAUCCGGUACGACGGCGGGGUGAGUGUCGACUGACGUUGGGACGAGAGUGACACGGGUACACGUACUUUUUUCGUAUUUAAUUUUCCCCGUCCGUUUCUGUAGAUCGCGCGUUAGCGCGACAACCGAUAUCGAUUAAUCACGUCGUACCACACCGCCAAGCUGGACGCUUCGUUCGCGAUCCCGAUGCGGCAAAGGAACGGGUUGAUCGCUGGCGCCGGUAAACGGCUGGCCAAGCGGUCCAUAAUAGGGACGCGCGUUUGCGCGCCGUCCGGCGACGACGGCAAACUUUGUGCCGGUAUCAUCGCCGCGGUCAAGACGGCCGCGGACGGUUCCGAGACCGGAUAUUCGAUUAGGUUCGACGACGGGACUGGCGGCCGGCGCGAGUACAGGGCCACCGAGCUGGUCGGCCCCGGUUUCCAGACGCUGUCCGACCUCCGACUGAUGGCCGGUCAGAGGGUGUACAUCACGUUCAACGGUCGCGAGAUAUCCGGUGACGUGGUCGUCCACAGACCGGACACGGAAGAAGUGCGCGUUUCCAUCAUGCCGCACGGGCACGAGGGGUCCAUCGAAGUAAUAAAGAAAUUGGAUGACGUUCGCGUGUUAGAGUCCAGGAAGUCAGCUCGUUUAAUGGACCAAGAUACAGAUUUCGCUAGGUUGGCAGACAUGUCGGACAGGAAACGUAGUUCAUCCUCUCAGAAUGCUGUUGAAAUCAGCGGGUCCCGAAAACGUCGGCCCAGUAGUAGCCAAGAUCAGGAUGAAUCCCGUGAAGAGGAAAUGAAAGACGAAGACGACGAUAAUGAACCAAAAGAGGAAGAAAUGACAGAGUGCACUGCGGCCUUGGUGUUGAUGAGUUUGUCAUGCAGUCCCCACUCGCCGUCUAUACAAGGACGCAUUACGCGCUGCCAACAACCCGAGUCACUGUCCACCAGUCCGUCCACAUCCAGCGAAGGAGCUUUUUCAUGUCGUAGCUCGCCGUCACCACCGCUCAGCGAGUCCAGCUCCUCGGCUGCUUGGAGUGGACGCGGCCUACCGUCGGUCGUCGACGAGGGAAUCGGUCUGACCGACGACGAUUUCGAAGACGUGCCCAAGCGAAAGAAGUCGGAUUGUCGUACAGUUUUUCAAUGCACUUGGCCCGGAUGCGUUAUGAUCACUACCACUGUGGCUUCCAUAGAAUUACACGUCCGUCAGAAUCACCUUGGACCAAGGCUUGACAAAUCUCUUUCGGAUGAUUUCACUAAUGAUUCGAUUGAUGACCACGAAGAGGAAUUCUAUUACACAGAAGUGGAACUUGGCGCAGCUUCAUCGCCGCCCACGCUAUCGCACCGGGAUAUGGCCCGUCCACCGCACGAAGGUAAAGGAUGCGCGCCCAAUAAGAUGAUCAUUAUUUAUCCUGAAUACCAGAAAACGCUGAUCAUACCUCGUCCGGGAAGCGCUUGCCCGAUGAACAUACCCAGCACGUCUGGCAACACUGCUGUCAACUGGCCGUUCGCAUCUCUUAACGGACAGAAACAGAUCAAAAUGAUGUAUCAGAAUUUGGGUGGAACAAGGUUCCCGAGUAGCCCUAUGAGAAAAGCGCGUGGUGAAACGAAAAAGUGUCGCAAAGUAUACGGCAUGGAACACCGAGAGAAGUGGUGUACGCAAUGCAAAUGGAAAAAAGCGUGCACUAGAUUCGUCGGGUCCCUCGAAAACGCACAAUUGGCGUAAUGAAAAUGAUACACCAGGUACCGCCGAUGCCGACAAUCUGCACCAAUUUACGCUAACUGCCAAAAUUCAAAUGUUUUUCCUUUUAUUUUAUUUAUUUAUUAUUAUUAUUAUUAUGUUUUUUUUUUAUAUAUUAUUAUAUUUUUAUCAAACGCUAAGACACAGUAGUGUUUAUAUUUUUUUUUCUAUAUCAACUUUUAUCGAGGUUUGUACCCCGUUUUAUGUACAAACAAAUUUCUAUUUAAUGUUUAGUAAAAUAAGUUAUAUAAAUAUACCUAGGUAUAUAAUAAUCAUAAUAAUAAUUAUUGUUCUACCAAGUUUUAAAUCAUAUAUACAUUAAGGUAUCUUAUACCUAUGUCAUAAUACUUAAAAUUUUGUAAUGUUUCAGUACUUGGGAAAAAGUUCCUAGGAAAAGUACUUUUAUUCAUUCAUAAGUCCAAUGAUAUGAAUGACUGUUAUGAAAUUGAUAAUUUUUAUUUAUCUACCAGACAAAAAAGCCAUAUUUAUAAAUUUAUAAAAGACAAAGUAUUAGUUUUUAAUAAUUGAAAACCACAAGAUAAUGUCCUAAGAAAAAGCAAUAAUUUUUAAUAAUUAAAUAAUGAUAAAUUAUAUUUAUAGUUAUGGUUAGACUUAAUAUUUUUACAUUUUAAAUGCGCACAGAUUAAUUUUUAUAUUUAUUUUCAAAUGACAUAUAAAAUUUCGAGAACAAGCAUUUUAUUUUACUUAGACUUUUGCUUCUCAACUACGUUGUUUCCCAAAUGUAAUUGUAUUAUUUUAUUUUUGGUUGUAUUACUUUGAUUUAUUUAUUGUUUAUAUAAUAUGUUAUGUUAUUUUAAGUAGUUACUAGUUACCAAUUGCUCUAUGAGUUCGUAUUUACUAUUAUUAUUUUAUUGUAUUGUAUUUGAUUUAUUUAUUUAUUUUUUAAGAUAUAUUAAACGCAUGUGACAGUUUUUUUGUCUAUUAAAAAAAAAAAAAAGUCUAUUUUAUACAAAUUAUUAAUUUGAUUUUGAAUAUAAAUAAAAAAAAAAUAAUAAACAUACGAGAUAAUAAUUUUAGUGUUUUUAACUUGAUUAUAUCAUUCAUAAAUAAUAUGGUAAUACUAAAGAUUAAAGAAAUAUUAUGUCACAUGCGGUUGUAUAUAAUUAUAUUAUUUAUAUUCAUUAUUAUAUAAAUGCUCUCUAAGACAAUCUCCUGUCCCAAAUUAACAUAUCUUUCUAAAGAAAUAUAAUUUUUUUUUCAAGUUAGCUUCUUAAAUAUAAGGCUCAAAUUGUUCUGGAAAUAAAAAUAUGUAAAAAAAAGUAAAAAAAAAAAAGAUUAAUAAGUCUUAAUCUCUUAAAGUGAUUUAAGAAUUUAAUAAUUCAGAUGUGUUCAAACUAAAAUUGAUAGACUUAAUUUUUUUUUUAUUGUAUAAUUUUGUUUUUUUUUUUUUUUUUUUUGAUCUCUAUAACAUUUUUAUUAAGAGGAGCAUAAUUUGGAUUCAAAUCUUUUACAAAAGCCAAAGUUUAAGAGAAAUUUAAUUUGUGAUCGAUCUCAUUAUGAAGUAUAUACAGUAAUUUUAGGUGGGGUGCUUAAAAUGAUAAGUAUCGUGUUGAACAUAAUUAUUUUAGACAUGAGUGAAUGUUGAUUGGAACAUUCAUCUCUAAAACAAAUACUAAUGAACUUGAUAAGCAAUUAAACUAUGAGUGUCCUUAGAUCGAUCUGGAUAAACUCGUAAUAAUCAUUUAAAUAUAUAAUAUAUAUAUAUUGUAUAUAUUUAUAUAUUUUUGAAUUAAUAAAUUAUUUUUACUAUAUAUUC